AUCAGUAUAAUUGCUUUACAUUUAUAAGGAUCAUAUCAUUAUUCAUGAAUGUAUUGUGUGCAUUCGGAUCCCAGUAGCAAUCACACAAGUCACGCUCCGUUGUCAUCACUGAACGUAACAGGGCAUACAUGACUAUGGACGGGAAGGGUCUAGCGGUAGGGCUGUAUAAAGUCUUCACAGUAGGUUACAAGGGUGGUGGAGUAUUUGGCAGACUAUCGUAAGGCAAAUGGCGACAGAAGUCUGUAUGCAGGCUGGGUGGACAUUUCCGCUGGUAAAGAUAGACGGUGUUGUCGAGCUGAAGACGUUGACUGAGAACCUCAAGACGAUUAAAUCCCGCCCAAUCAGAGAAGAUGACAUCUUCCUGUGCUCAUAUCCCAAGUCAGGCACUCAUUGGACUUGGGAGAUCCUCCACAUGAUCGUGGCAGGCAAAGCGGGCUACACUAAACACUGGAAAAAUUCUACUUCAUUGGAACAAAGGACCGACGAAGAAAUGGAGGAACUAUCAUCACCUAGGAUCAUUCAAACUCAUUUAUUGCCAGGACAAAUGCCAGAGUUGCUAUGGGAACGCAGAUGCAAGGUGGUGUAUGUCCAGAGGAAUCCGAAAGACUGCGCAGUGUCAUACUUUUGUCAGUUGAGCCAACAAGUACGUAAGGGCAAUCCCUCACAGCGGGUGACCUUCACUGGCUCUUGGGACGAGUUCCUCAGGUUCUUCAUAGACGGUAGUGUUCCUUUUGGUUCGAUAUUUGACCAUGUUAAUGAGUGGGAAAACGUUUCUGAUGUGCAUAAAGGAUUUGAAGUGUGCAACAUGCAGUACGAAGACAUGAUAGAGGAUUGUGUGGCGCAAAUAAGAAGAAUGGCUGAAUAUCUCGAUCGCCCCCUUUCUGAAGCAACGUACCAGGAGAUAGCGGAUGCCUGCUCCUUUUAAGAAUCUCAAAAAUGCCUGUGAGAAUAACAAAGAUCAGACCUAUCACAAUUCCUGGCAAGAGGGAUCAAGUGGAUAUUUCAGAAAGGGUCAAACUGGCGACUGGAAGAACUGGUUCACAGUGGCACAGAGUGAAAAAUUUGAUCGACAAUGCAAACUGAAGAUGAAGAAGAAUCCUCAGUGAUGAUGCCGUGUCUAGAAAACUACCAACGCUCUGGCAAUGCGACCAGUACAGAUGACAUUCAUGAGAUGAGAUGGAUGUUCCAGUGACCAAAAGUAGAUGAUUGUUACAGCUUCCGGAAGAGCGGUAAAAGUUAAUGGAUUAGUAAGAGUAACAGUUGGUGAAUGAGGAACUGACACACAUUUGACAGAGGGUUUUCAUAGAAAACAUGCACUUUUGCAAACGAAGAAAGGGUUGUCGUAUUCUUCUCGUGUGUAGGGAAGAUGUUUGUCAGUUCCGUCAAAAGUAUAUUGCAUUAACAAUAAUGUGUCUGUGUUCAUUGCUCUGAUAUUUGAUGAGGGAACAUUCAUGCUGCAUCUUUUUGAAACAACUCUGAACCAUUCAUGUUGUAUGUCCACUACACAGAAGUAACGAUCUAUUCGAAAAUGUCACUUUGUACAUGAGGACAGACACGAACAGGGAUGUCAGGGAAUUACCUACCUACUGUAUCUGUUUUUCACACGAGUGCAGGUUGAUUGACACAACAGUGACAACUUCUGUCUGAAAAAUAUCUUUAUAGACAGGGUUUUAGGGAUGAAAAGAUCUUGAAUGGACUGAUUGAUACAUUGUAUAGUAAAGGACAAAGUGACGACAUACUAAUAUGGCAACUGGGCUUUACUGUCAAACUAUACAUGUGCUAAAACCAACUGCCCCAUUUUAUGAAGACAUAAUUUACUCCAAUAUCUGAUGUCAUACCCAGAUGGUAGCGAAAUACCCCUUUUCACAACCAUAAACUAUAUCUGCUGAAAGCAGAGUCGAUAGAACAAUUCCCACUAAAUGCUUAUAAAUCUCUAUCAAAUAGUGGUGAUACCAGGUGUUCGCAAAAACGUAAACGUAUCAAACCCCAUUAUAAUGAAAUACAAACUGAAGACUACGAGUCAGUUGUCCACCUGGAAUGUCAAAAUGUGGAAUUUAAUCGGACAUCAUUUGCACUGAAUUAUAGAAGUGACCUCCGCAUGUCUACCAUCAAUACUGACAUGUCUUUGUCGCAAUGCUGUGUCAAUAAUUUGCUAUUUAUUCAUGGACUUAGCAAUACUGACACAUUUCGUCAGUGUGAUAUGAGCUUGUGCGUCCACGAUUAUUUGAGAGGAUUUUGCCUCCCAUUUUGGCAAAUUCAAUUUUGAAUUUUGCUUUGCUAAUAUACAGGAGGGAGGCAGAAUGGGCUGCGGAGUUUGUUAGAGGUCCGUUUCUUGGCAUUCUCAAACGAAGUUGGAAUAUACUUCGGAGGGUAAGCACUUAAUGAGUGAUGUUCU